AUGGGGGUAAACGGCGCGUCUGUUGGGCAGGCCAUCGGCAUCGUCCUUGGGGUACCACUUGGGCUCUACAUCUUGUUUCUUAUUCUUGGUGCUAUCCCUUUCUUUCAAAGACACUUCGUUUAUGCCCAUAUUUUCAACACGCUCCUUUGGGAUAAUGUCGACAAGCCGGAAAAAUGGGGCUUUGCUCGUAACCAAGCAACUCCUUUCUAUCUGAAGACGCCCGAUGGACAGAAGAUAUACGCCUGGCACGUCUUGCCCCUUCCCUUGUACGCGAAGCAUGAAGAAAAGAUUGCAACGUCAAGAAAGCCCGGCGUCUGUGAAGAUGUUACCAAGACAGAGUCAUUCCGGCUCUUGAAAGAUGACCCCAACGCGAAGGUCAUCAUUUACUUCCACGGUAAUGCUGGCCAUGUUGCCAAUGGCUGGCGAACCGACACAUAUCAUUCACUCACGGACACGACUUCGUACCAUGUUCUCGCGAUCGACUACCGAGGCUUCGGUCGCUCUUCCGGAACCCCCACAGAGCAGGGGUUGAUCCUCGACGCUCUAACCGCCGUCGAAUGGGUCAUGAAGACCGCGCAGGUUCCUUCCAACAAGAUUGUGCUGUUCGGGCAAAGCCUCGGUACAGCGGUAGCUAGUGGCGUUGCCGAGUUGUGCGCUGAUGACGGCCAUGAGCUUGCCGGCAUAGUUCUCGUCGCCGGGUUCAGUACCUUGCCUACCAUGCUCACUGGCUACCGUAUUUCGGGCUACGUCCCAGUCUUUGGUCCGUUCCAAUGGGUACCACUGACAUCGAGGGGACUCCAGGCCCUCAUUUAUGAAAAAUGGCCUUCCGGGGAUCGCCUCUCUCGCGUGGUCAAGCAGACAAAAUCGCGUCUAAGGCUCACCCUUGUUCACGCCAAGAAUGACAAGGAUAUCCCAUGCCAUGAGAGUGAUAAGCUCUUCAAGGCUUCUGUGAGUGCCUCUGUUCCUGGCGGCCUCGAUGCAGCAGAGUUCGAGGCGUUGCAGAAGAAAGCGACGCGGACAUGGGAAAAAGGAGUGUUCCAAAGAGUCUGGAGAGCAGAGCCCAACAUCGUGAUUCGGCAAGAGCAGUUUUCUCAUGGAGGUUUCUUGGGGGUUGUUCACUCACACUCUCGUACAGGCCACAACCGCAUCAUGAAAUUUGCCCCCGCAUUACUGGCCAUCAUGCGGUCCUUCGAGGAGGACUGA